AUGUGUUCUGGAGGUAGUACAUCAAAUCUAAUGAAACAUUUAAAGAAACAACAUUCCAUAUGGGUCGGAAUUUCAAGACAAAGUAUAACUAUUGAUGAAAUGUUUGGUCCAUCAAAGUGGAAAUAUAAUCAAGAAGAAAUGAGAAAUAAACUUGUCAAGUGGAUUGUUAUUGAGCAACAUCCAUUUACUAUUGUUGAAGAAGAAGACUUUAUUAACUUUGUAUAUUCACUUUAUCCCAAUAUAGAAAUUCCCUUUGCUGAUACAAUAAAAAGAGAUAUUAUGGAAUUAUAUGUAACAAAUGUAGCUAAAAUGCAAACAGUUCUUCAAAAAUUGCAAAAUUCAAUAGCUCUUUCAGAUAAAGAUUUUAGAAUUCAUGUACUUGCUGAUAAUCAAUGGCAUCAACUUGAAAAAAUAAUGAAUUUUCUUUAG